AUGCAUUCAUUGAAUCUUUAUACUGCUAUGUCAAAUGCAAUAAGUAAAGACAAGAAAGAUUUUGUUGAUGCCUUCAAUAGAGAUAAGAUUGAUGAAGAAAAAUUAAUUGCAUGGAAAGAAUAUUCUCAAUAUGUUAAAGCGUUGAUCAUAAACAUUCCAUUGCUUAAUGAUACUCAGAACCCAAAGUUACCAUUCAGUGUCCAAAAUUUUCUUAAAUUGUUAGAGAAUCCUCCAAUUUACACAAAUGCUGAAAAAAUAACAAUCCUUUACGUCAAGAAGAUGCACACGGAAUACGAUUAUUUUGAAAUCGAAGAUAAACUAAUAGAAGGAGAUGAAAGAAUACUUAAAAAGAGCUGCCAAAAUUCUUUUAUGAUAUUUAGGCUAAAUCCAGAUAGAAAUGAAUCUGAAUUUGAAAUCAAUGAAUGCAUUGUUAAACGAUAUACAAUUUACUAUGAAAAGGAUGUUCAAAUGGCGCAAGCUUGUGAAAUUAAAGAUGUAUUAGAUAAAGCAAUCAAAUUCAACAAAAUUAAGAGUCCAAACAAACUUAUUUUUGAAACAGAUAGCUUGGAAGUAUGUUUUGGAAAUAAGACAGAGACUGAAUUCUUAGAUGAAUUAAUAACAUAUUCUAAGGUGGGACUUAAUGAAUUUGAUAAAAGGAUCAUAAAUUACGGAAGGCCAAUUCUCAAAUAUAAAGAAGAUUACGAGAUGAAAGCAACAUAUGAGCAAUAUAAUUCUAUUAAAAGAGUUUUGGAAGAUUCACAGAAUUCUUCACGGAAUAUAGAUCAAUACAAUAAUUGUAUCGAAGAAUUAAGUUCAAAACAAAUUAAAAAUAUAUAUACUUGCGAUUUCGAUCAUGUUAAAUUAGAAAUCAAGAAAUUACAAAUUCAAUUUAACAAAUUGAAAAUUGAACAGCUCCUAACCCCAAUUUUGGUAGUUCAGGGUGAUAAAGUAACAUGUUCAUUCAAAACUAUUGAUGUAGAAAUUGUUGAUGUUCCGCAAUACGCUAUAACUCCAUUCGCAAUUAGAAUUCCAAUUGUUGGACAAAUUCCUAAAGAAGAAAUUUUCUUGGCAGAUUCAGAUGAUAUACAGAUUAAAUAUGAUAAUGACUCACUGAUUAUAAAAGCGAAACCAGUUUCAAAUGCAACUUUAACAGCAACUUUGAAUGUAAUGAAUUUGCAGAUUCCAAUCAAAAUCAAAUUUGCCUUGGGUAAUAUUCCAAUUUACAUAAAAUCCGGUGAUAACAAAUUUAUUAAUGAUGGAUUUACUUCCUUCUUUAAAUCUGUUACAUUUAAGAAUGAAAAGAUUUCAGUUACUGUCGAAGAUGGAAAUACAAACAAUAUUCCUCACACUCUCACUUUCCAGCAAGGAACUUCUUCUAAACAGAAAUGUAAACCAACAUAUGAAUAUAAUGAACAAAAUUGUGAAUCCAUAUUCUACUUUAAGGAAGUUGAUUCCGCAGAUAUGAUUGUCUACGUUCAUAUUUCGAAUAUGAAUCCAAUUCCUAUACCAUUCAGAUCAGAAAUUAUUGAGAGACCAAUAAUUUUCAAAACAUGGAACAUUUCCAAAGGGUUAUUUGAUGAUUCAACUGAAAUCUGGGCAGGUGAUUUACUCUGCAACUACGCAUUUAGCUUGAUGACAUAUCUUCCAAAUGAAAAUGGCUCAAUAAAAGUUGAAAUUACAACAAGUACUGAUAACAUUAAUCUUAAGCUUGCCGGAGAUAAAGUUGGAACUAAAACAUACAUUCAUUCAAUUAAAUCUGAUGGUAAAAAUAAAAUUGCUCAUCAAAUUCCUUUUGCCAUUUGCUUCAAUAAUCGUGAAGAUAAAGUUGAAAAGCUAUUUAUCAAAAUUAAAUUUGCUGAAUUAAUCUUUGAAAAACAAAUCACUGUAAUCCCGUGUUAUAUUAGGUUCACAAAAACUGCUAUUAAUGUCUGGAAUCCUAAAAUUAAUUUUGAUUUUGAUGUUCCUCAAAGAUCUCCUGCUCCCAUUUGUAACGGAAAGUAUUACAUUUUUGAUUCACAAAAAUUUUUGGAAAUUGAUAAUCAUACAAAGAUGAAAGAAGAGGACUCAUAUCAUGUUGUUACUCCAUUCAGUUACAAUGUGUAUUCUCUCAAUGAACCAAAUCAAUACACGACUAUUCAUUACAACGAGAAUCAUCAAAUUCAAUACCAAAAAAAUGUUCUUAACUUUUCUUACUUUGUUAUUGAUCGAAAUGGUAAAUACUAUGUAGUUCAUAAAAAUGACCUCAAAGAAGACCAUCAAAUUGUAUGUGGUAGGUUAUGUCAGAGUGAUAUCAGAACCACAGGCAAAGAUAAGGUUCAAGAGAAAUGGCAAAAUUGCUG